AUGAGGGAACUGAUUGUUUCCCAGGCCCAGGCUUGUUGGCAGGAGCAAAUCCAGAAGGAGGCUGCCAUCAGGGCCAACUGGAAUAUCCGCUAUGGCCAACGGUACCUGAAGGAUAGGACCAAGCCAAAGAAACAGCCCUUGCAGGCUCCACUGAAAGCAUCCUUGGCAAUGGACCCAGUGCCUCCCAGCAGCAAGAAGGUGCAGUUGAAACCACCAGAAACCCAGUGGUCCCAGGACCAGUUGCCCAGACCCAGGAGUGCCCAGGGUCACCCACCCAAGGAAGACAGGUUUAGGCAGGCCAGAGGGGCCACACACAAGCUAGCAGACCAGAGAAGGCCAGAAGACUUAGACAUGAAGCGUGUCCCCUCCAGUACGCUGAAGCUUCUGUACCAAGGCAUCUCUUAUGAUGGCCAAGGCCGGGCUCAAUACUUCAGAGAGCGCAAUCAGAAGACGCCAAUGGAGAAGUUCCAGUACCCCAUCUUGUCAUCCUGGGAAUAUGGCUGGCACGUGGGGCCUGUCAUGAAGAACUUCAGGACACCAACAUAUGCCAGAGUCCUUCCCAUCACAAAGUCAUUCUACACCAAGAAUGGCAUCUUCCACUGUCCACGGCGAACAGACCAGGUCAUGUGA